AAAUUUAUUUCACUUCGAUUCUGGAGCUAGUUGUUGCUGGUUGUUGUUGUUGUUGUUGUUUGAAUUGUUUGUGAAAUUUGAAGAAUAAAAUCUUUUGAAAAAAAUGGCUGAUGAAACCAAAGAAAAGAAGAAGAAAAGUAAGAAAUCGGAAAAGGCAGCAGCACCAGCAGCUGAACCAGCAGCAGCACCUGCCGCUGCUGAAGAAUCGGCAGCACCAAAAACAAGCUCGAAAAAACGUGCACAACGUUCCGGUUCGAAUGUAUUUGCAAUGUUUACACAACAUCAAGUUGCCGAAUUUAAAGAAGCCUUCCAAUUUAUUGAUCAAGAUAAGGAUGGUUUUCUUUCGAAAAACGAUAUUCGUGCUACAUUUGAUUCAUUGGGCCGUAUCUGUACCGAUUCUGAAUUAGAAGGAAUGAUUAAAGAAGCAUCUGGUCCAAUCAAUUUCACAAUGUUUUUAACCAUAUUUGGUGAUCGUACACAAGGUACAGAUGAAGAAGAUGUUAUACUCAAUGCAUUUGCACAAUUCGAUGAAGGAGAUGGUCUUUGUAAAGAAGAAACACUUCGCCAUUCAUUGGUUACAUGGGGUGAAAAAUUUUCAGCAUCUGAGGCUGACAAUAUUCUAGCUGAAGCACCAACUGAUGGUAGGGGAAAUGUUGAUAUUAAAAAAUUUGCCCAAAUCUUGACCAGAGGUGAAGAAGAAGAAGGUGCAUAAAAUUGAAAAUGAAAAUGAUGAUUGUGUUAAACCACCAGAAAAACAAAACAAAACAACAACCAACUAUAUAUACAAAUACAAAUUAAUUUAUUAACACCACACAUACACACACACAGUCAAAUCCAUCAAUAAAUAGUCGAAUGGAAAAAAAAAAAUUUAAAAUGCCAAAUACAAAACAUAUAACAUUCAAUCUUACCACCAUCUAUCA